UAGGUCAGUUCAACAAUCAUUUCUUUCCGGAGUAUUCCAAAGCUCCGAAUUAAAUUGCACAAAUUUGAGGGGGCAAACUUGAGACAAUACAACUUGAUACAAACGCUGUUGCUGUCAACAUGUCGCACUCAAAAAAAUUCUUACAACAAAUAUGAUUAUUUUUACAUUAUUAUUAAACCUCAUUUUUGUCUUGUUUUCAGUGGUUUUGCGUUCGCGCAAUUCCAGCAGGCCAUGCCAUUGUCUGGUCCAAUCGGGAACUAAGCCAAAACAUUCUGAUGAAAACACCCCUGUGAGACGUUAUGAACUGUUCCGCGUACCGGUGUGGGCGUGGGCUAAUAACGGCUAAACUCACAUUUUGUCAGGAGAACGGGUCCUGUGUUGAUCUCUUGUUAACCCUCAUUUUUGUUGGAUAUUUUGGUUUUCCUUAUUUUAUUUCACUAUGGAUAUUUUCCUAUACAGCUAUCUCCUUAUGAUUGCUUCAUGUGUUGCUGAUGACAAGAUAGUUACAUUAACACAGGAAUGUCCGGCCACAACAUCCGGAAAUCCGGUGUUCAGACUGACCGCUGAUGUCCCCGCUUACGCUGAAGCCAGGUGUAAAAAUGGCCGCAAGAUUUUCACCCCAGAUGACGAUGGCAUUACGCACAUUCUUGUCGGCUCUUUUGAUGUAGACUACUCAGGAUUUGGCUGCCAAGUAUAUCAAAAAUCCGGCAGCAAUACUUUUACAUUAGACGUUGAAUACGGAUGGGGAGAACAGGACGCCGAGGUUAUAACCUCAACAGACGUGGAAACUCUGUCGUGUGCCUAUGAUCAGUACGGCAACGCACUUUCAGGAAUGGAGACGGUUAAAGAUGCGAUUAUGGCAGCGCAAGAAGUUCAGGAAUUGGUCGGGCCGAAGAAUAAAAGCGUGAAUAUCGAUCUGCACGUUAUGGACGUAUUGGAUGAAACGAUACACGAGGGAAGCAUUGAUAUUGGACGAAAAAUUCGGUUGUAUGCAAGAGACUUGUCGGAAACUUUAUCUGGCUUCCAACCUGUAAGCUGUGUGGCUCGAAAUGAUAUCAGCACAUACUCCAUCCUUGUAGCAGGGUGUGGCGACGGCUUGAUCAUCCCCCGCAAAAUAGGAUUCCUUACACACAGGAAUAAGGUUUAUAGUCCUUACUUCCGGGCAUUCCGUCUCCAAGGUUCCCCCAGAAUCACAUUCUCUUGUAACUUUACCAUUUGUGAGAGUGUGUGUGACGGGGAUUCUUGUAGCACGAACGUUCGGAAACGGAGAUCCAUGUCAGAAAUGCUUCUUAAAGGUUUCAGUAACAGAACUGUGUAUACUGCCACCUCCAGUACAAUCAUCGCGAAUGCUGAAUCCAAGCUGGUGGAGGGAGAUGUCCAGGUACACAAACAAGAUUGGCAAUCUGUUGAGACCAUAACCGGAAGUAAAAAGCUUGAGGAGCCUCGGGAAUUAGCCCCUAAGAAAGAGACUGUGCUGAGUUUACCGGCCAUAGCGGGUAUUAUCAUGGUAUUCAUGUGUCUGGUAGCCACAGUGCUAGCCGUGUAUUUCGUGGUCUCCUCUCCGCGCUCAGAUGUUUCAAACCCUGACCAACGCAUGGUGGUAAACCAGCUGAGCUAAUAUUCUUCGACAAACCUGUUAUGUUCUCCAAUCUGUUACAUGUACA